ACAAGUUCACGCGUGCUCUUUCGCUUUUGUAUUUUAUUUUUCUAUUUGGACAUACAACACUCUCCGUACACCACAAAACAUGCGGUUAUGAGAUCAUGAACGCCCAUACCUGCGGACCAACACGCUGUCUGCAGUGGUUAGCUUCUUCCCGACCCCGGCCUGCACGACGGCGACUACGAGCAUGGCGCGAUCCGCGAUCGCCGGACCAGUUUCCGCACGGCGGACCGGCGGGAGUACGGACAAAGGCGACUAACCAGACAAUCUCGGGACACGAAAGUAAAGGGGAGGAAGACACGGGCGAACGAUCCAAGGCACAGGCACAAGCACAAGCCGACGCCAGCCACGAACACAAUGACAGCAAUGACAUGCCCCUGCACGAAUUUGACAUCGACCCGAAGGAGCGCGAGAUCAGAACCGCUGUAGGUACCAUGCCGCUGUCACCGAUAAUGGACCCGACGUUCUGGGAAGCGAAGCAGCGAUUCAAAAAGGCGAAACCGAAACCAGGGCAGGCGAGGGACGAGUCCAAGAAGGAGGGGAACAACUCCGUGGAGCGCCAGUUCCGCAAGAACCCGUACGCGAUGGCGUUGGCGACUCCCAUGAGGCAGUGCGGCAUGACCAAAGUACGCUUGCCAAACUUCUUCCUGCAAGAUUUCAACUUGUUGCUACAUCCAGUGACGCAGCAGCCGUGGUGGGUGCCGCGGACGCUGUUGCUGCAGCAGGGCAUUGCUGAUAUCCCUGAUGGUGCUGCUACUCAUACCGCGAAUGGCGAGGGCUCGACCACGACGGGAAGAAUACCUAAGACUGUGGCGGACGUCCUGGCGGAUCCGGUGGAUGUCCUCCUGAAGCAGUUCGAGUCUCAGCAAGGACCAGACGAGGGUGACGGAAGCGCGAACGACCUAGAUCCUUUCGCGAUGACCACCGCCACCACCAAGACCAAGCGAGCAGAUAACCUCGAGCCAUUGCUCGAUAGGCCGGCCGCUCCGCCGGUUGCACAAAACCUGCCCACAAUGAGCCCCGAAGGGCAGCUCCCCAAUGGACCGAGCGCGUAUCUGCUCGCGCGACGGGAUCUGGUGCGCGCCGUGGGCGUGCCGAAGUCCGGAUUCCAUGAGCGGCGGCUGCCGGGCGCGUCGAGUUCACGAUACCGUCCAUCUAGCAACACAGCCUGGCGCGUCGACAUGGAUUCGGUCGUACUGGACCUCAUGCGCCGCGGCAUCCUGGCUGAUCUGAUCUACCUCGCCCGGCUUAGCGUUGAGGACGAAAGGCACUACAUUGUGCGGUGCUUCGGGUGGGACGACGUGCAGUAUAAGCACCGAGGGUCAGUCUUGUGGUUUGAUCACCCCAAGCCCGAGGGUGCUUCGCCGAAGGAUGUAAAAGCUGCGGUCAAAGAGCCACCCGAGCCUGGACCGUUUGCCACGUUCGAUAUCGAAAGCGUCACUUUCAUCGUAAACGAUCCAAAGAAAGAGAGCGUCGCGGUGCACAAUCUGCCAAGACUGCUUGGCAAAGAGUAUACGGAGCGUCUGAAGCGGGAGUCGAAGCCAUUUAACGAAGGAGGGGAGAUCUUCAUGCUCGCCGGGAGGAGGACCCGCGAGGUCCAGAAGAAGCUGUGGAAGCUCCAGGGCUAUAUGUGUGACUGGCACGGACGACCCAUGUGGGAAUGAGCCUACAGUCCCUAUACGGCCUCAGCCACUUGAUACCAGGCUGUGAGCAUAUCAGUCAGAUAUAUAAUGGGGCACACAUUCGUAACAUGUCAGGCAUAAUAUCCUGGUAGCAUGACCUGCGCAGAAUCUGCGUGUGCCAGCAGGAGACGUACCGGCGCCAUAGUCACUACUGCGCGAGUUGUCAAAGUCGUUCUGAAUCUGACAUGUAUGGUCCCUAUAGCAGUCACUGCCACAGAACAAGUGACUGGAAUAACAUGAUGCACG